AUGGGGACCUUCAAUUUUGGUAAGCAUAACGGGAAGACCUACGAGGAGGUAUUUGAGAAGGAUAAAUCCUACGUGACAUGGGUGAAGAACCUAGAGACACCCACAGGGUCACUAAUCCACUUUAAGGAAUAUGUCUUAGAGAGGGAAAAGGAGGAACAAGGGCGGCAGGUGCCGUCCCCAGGGCAUCUUGGCCAUCAUAACACCUUGGGUAGAAAAUCCAAUGGGAACUGGUCGCGUGGCCAGGGAUGGGAAGGUGCCAGCUGUAAUGGACGCCGCGAAAGUGGAGGAGCGGACACCUACCGAAGUAGAAGCUCGUUUGAUCAAAGUCCCAGUGCAGUGCUAAAAGGGAUGGAUACUCCCAAAGGAAGUUACAAAAAUGAAGGAUAUCAGAAAACAGAUAAAUCAGUGAACAAAAUGAAUAGCAGAGAAUAUAAAAUGUAUGAACAAGGCAUAAUGAAUGAAAUAAACAAAAGCUAUAAUAAAAGUGAAAAGGGAGAAAAAGUCGAAUUUGACAUCAUAGUGGCGUUUGAAAUUUUCAGCGUUGAUACAUUUAAGAUUGUGCAAAUGGAUAAUAACAGCACUGGAAGUGGUAGGAAAUAUGCUAGCUUUAAAAACUACCUCCCAAAAGAGCUCUUCAAAAUAUUGUCCGAAUUUAAUCCAACAUUAAAGAAAUUGAACAACUACUCCUGCACCACAUUCGAAGCAGACAAGUACGAAUACGUGUUGUCCAAUUUGAAGGAGAAGUGUACCAUCUUGGGAGGUGUACAGAGCAUCCCCAAUUUCCUUCUAAAGUGUUUCAAGCUGUAUAGCCGAUUUUCAGAGCCGCAAAAGGUUUCCGAAAUGACUGCUAAUAUUCUAACGAAUACUUUAUGUCCAUACACGGAAAAAAAUUAUGACAAAAUGGAUAUCCUUGUGGGAGAAAAACUAAGUGCAGAAUUAAAAAAUUUUCAAAGGGAGGGAGUUUAUUUUGGUUUAAAAAAAAAUGGGCGCGUGUUAAUAGGUGAUGAAAUGGGAUUGGGAAAAACGUUACAAGCUUUAGCUCUCAUGGCAUUUUAUCAAGAAGAUUGGCCAUUCAUUGUUGUUUGUCCAUCGUCCAUUCGGUUUCAGUGGAAAGACCAGGCACUACGAUGGUUAUCUCACCUAUUGUCGGAAAAUGAAAUAUGUGUUGUGAAGAGCGGAAAAACAGACAUCCCCAGAAAUUGCAAAAUGAUCAUAAUUUCCUAUGAAUUAAUGACAAAAAAUGAUAAGUAUCAGAAUAAGUACAAAUCCAUCGUGUGUGAUGAAUCCCACUAUUUGAAAAACUCCUUUUCAAAGAGAACAAAAGCAAUCACCCCCAUUAUAAGGAGUGCCAAGAGGUGUGUCCUGCUAUCAGGUACCCCAGCUUUAAACAAACCAUCCGAAUUGUACGAACAGGUGUCUAGUAUUAUUCCUGAUCUUUUUAAUUACAAUGAGUUCUGUGAAAGAUAUUGUUUUAGGGACAAAAAUAUGUACACGAGAAAGUUCGAAUAUGUUGGAUGCAAACACACAGAGGAGUUACACCUAUUUCUGACAAACACAAUUAUGAUAAGGAGAUUAAAAAAAGAUGUUUUGAAGGAACUGCCUGAAAAACUCAGAUCAAAAAUUCCUGUGGAAAUACCUCCAAAGGAAUUAAGCGAAAUUCUUACCUACCAAAGAAUGUUAGAAGGCAAAAAGAAUAUUAACCUUGAAGACGAUUUGGACGGUUUUCCACUGACAGGUGGGGCUAAUGAGUACGGGUAUGGCCGAACCAAUAUUGACACGCCCAAUCGGAUUGACGAAGAAAAUGUCUCCAUUUCACACCUAUUCAAAAUAACGGGUUAUGCAAAAGUGAAAGCUAUAAAGGAAUACAUCACCUACCUUAUCGAUGCGGACAUCAAGUUCCUUCUCUUCUGUCACCACAAAUUAGUGAUGGAUGAAAUUGACAAAUUUCUUACAGAGAAAAAAUGCAUGUUUAUACGAAUAGAUGGAUUAACACCCAUUGAUAAGAGAGAACUAUACAUUAAGAGUUUCCAAAAUGAUGACAAAAUAAAAAUUGCGUUAUUGUCACUGACUGCCUGUGGAUUAGGGUUAAACCUAACAGCUGCGAAUACAGUAGUUUUUGGAGAGUUGUACUGGGUACCUGGACAAAUAAUACAAGCAGAAGAUCGAGCACACAGAAUUGGUACUACCCAUGAAGUUAUCAACAUCCAUUAUUUAAUUGCACAAAAAACCAUUGAUGAAACUGUUUGGAGAAUCAUUAACAGAAAGUGGAACACGCUUACUACAGCCUUAAAUGGAAUGGAAGACUCAUUAAAUGUGAAGGAGGUAAAUAAGUUCGACAGAUUUAUGUUAGACCUAACGAACGAUGCAAAUAAAUCCUAUCCCACGUCGUUGGUCACAACCCCUAAAGUUAGGAGGAAGUCAUUCGAACAUAAUAAACCUUUUGAAGGAGCCAGUAGUAACACCAAACGGGAGAGAGACAUACGCGAUUUCUUCAAGCCGAGUGAGAGGUCCGCCGAAAAGUCCGAUUGUGUUAAAAAGAGGUCAUACGACACUCCAACGAAAGAUUUCUCUUCGGACAAUGCAUCUCCAAAUAUUUUCAGCAAGCGGUACAAAACGGAGUUACACUAG